AUGACGCCCGAAAAACGAAAACUUUCUGUGUAUUUGGCCAACGCUUAUCGUACAAUCGCAACAACCGGAGUAUUUGGGUAUCCACCCAGCCAGAACAUGUACCAGCUGAACUAUCCCUGCACGGCUGAGGAGUACGCAAUGAUGGUCUGCAAUCAACAAGCACAACUCAAUCCUGCUGGGAAGCCGUCACCUAUCCCAAUAGCAGCUGCAUUCCAAUUGUGGUGGGACAAUCACGACUUUGGUGCUUUCAUCAAUAGUACUGCCGUCUACGACCCCAAUUUUGACUAUACUGUAUUUUCUCAAUUGGUUUCGGGAUACGCUGUCAGCAUAGGGUGCACCGAUACGUGCUAUGGCCAAAAGCAAGUGUAUUGUGCAUUCGAUGUUUGCACAGCCAUGACUUACUUCGGUAUGAUCUAUGAAGCCGGAUAUGGUCCAUGCAUGGUCGGCGGCGACUGCACCACGUUCUCUGGUUCAACGUGCAACACGAAAAAUGGACUUUGUGUUAAAAACCCAAACACGCCUCUUUGCCCGCCAAAUGUAUAA